AUGGAUGCCAAUAUCCGCAUUCCAGAAACGAAAGUCGCCUCGGAAUUGGUGGAAUUUGACCUUGAUUCCAUCCUCGCGUAUGCUGACGCUGAUUUCGUCAUGAAAAAGCGCAAAAAGCAGGAAUCAAGUCGUCCUUUGAGUCCAACUAAUGAAGUCUCAGUGAUUCUGAGAAAUUUGGUGUGCCACAUGAAGAGCCCUGUCGCAUUAGACCCCCAAGUCAUCCUUCAGUACUCACAAUCGGGACUAGAGUCGAAAGUCCGUGGCAGCUAUAAAUUUUCUACGGAGCAUUUUGAAGUAAAGGCGGGAACAGAGACACCACUACUCACUAUCCUGAACAAAGCACGAGGAAGCAUCAAGAAGUGCACGCUUAUUUCCAUCAAUAUCUUAGAUGAUAAGAUCAGAGGCAAUGUGUUUGAUGAACUCCGAUUCAUCACUAAUAAAAUCAAGAAAUGCAAGCAACAUUUCACUGUUACACAUUUCCAGCUUGAUCUUGUGCUUAAUACAAGGACUAAUAUGGUGACUUUUGGAUUGAACUACAAUAUUACCUUGAAACAACUGUUCUACCGAUAUUUCUCGUCUGAUGUUUCAACUGCUUUGCUUCAAGUGCUCUCGACACACAUGGAGCUGCUACCUACAGAGAUUAACGAGUUUGUCAACUCCUUCAAAGGAUUUGCUCCAGAUACCCACCUUUUUUAUAGAGCAAUCACAGAUAACACUGCUCGCAUGCCUCCAGCGUCCAGCACGUUCUACCAUCCACAAUUGUUUACGGAGCUUCUCCCCUUUCAGAGGAAAAGUGUGGGUUGGCUUCUUUCUAAGGAAGGAGUGGUGUACGAUGAGGUGCUGAGAAGUUGUCGACACUCUCCACUUAUCAGCGACCAGGUGGGACAUUUACUUCAACUGUAUCCGCAGGCAGACGUCAACGAGCUAGAUAGGAGUAUCUCUCAUAUUUUGGACAGGAUAUGCUACGGCUGGAAUCGUGUGUUAUUUAAGGGCCAGAUAUGUUGGGUCAACCACUAUACGGGAAACAUCAUGCUGCUGGAGCAGAUAGUGGCGUUUCUUUUGGAAUACUACAGAACAAAUAAUCAGCACAAGAUCCCUGGCUGUGGGCUCUUAUCCGAGGAGAUGGGGUUGGGAAAAACCGUGGAGAUCAUGGAUUUGGUGCUUUUGAACCCUCGUCCGACCAGCGAAGUGGGGGAGGAGAUUACACUUCAAUUCAAAGAGGAAGGUGACUUUCGUCUUGUGAGAAAGGGAAAGACCACCCUUAUUGCUGCACCAGACUCGAUUCUUCACCAGUGGUACAGAGAAAUUGCUCAAUUGUGUCCCAGCUUAUCUGUCACAAUAUAUAAGGGUUUAGGGAAGUAUCCCGAGCUCUCUAAUGUUCCACGGUACAUUGGUGAGUACCUUCAACGAUUUGACAUAGUGCUUAUGAACUAUGCCACCAUGUCGAGAGAAAUGGACUAUGCUAACUAUUCCUCUCGACAUAUACCUACCCGAGGGGGACGCAAGAGAAAUGGUGAUGUGGAUAAAAAGGAUGAGAAUCCCGAUGGGAAGACUAACAAGAUUAACGAAGGGACGAACAAGGAGGUAAAUGGCGAACUUCCAGAAGAAAGUAUGGCUGCCCUUGUAAAUGAGUACAAGGCAGAACUCAAUCCCGUUCGGACUCCGGAGGCUACUUUCAACCAGAAAAAGUACGAAAGGGCCGUAUUGGAGGAGUUAGCAGGUAGAGUCAGGAGGGAGGACCCUAGAACCAUACCACAUACUCAUUUCUACGAGUCCCCGCUCAUGCUGUGUCAAUGGUGGAGAGUUGUUUUAGAUGAAGUUCAAAUGGUGUCAUCUGGAGCUUCGAGAGCAUUCAAAACAGCAGCACUUAUUCCAAGAUUUCACUCGUGGGGUGUUUCCGGUACUCCAGCCCGACUGCCUGCGGUUCUCCAAUUCUUGAAGUUUGCGCCAUUCAAUUAUGAUAUCUCGAAAUACUGUUGGAAGCAAUUGACGGCCCCGGAGAAUAGUAACGCCGAUUUUAUUAAGAUCUGGCUGAGUAUUUCUUUACGUCAUACAAAGGCAAUGGUUCAUGAUGAUAUCAAGCUUCCACCUCAGCAGCGCGUGCUUCUUACUAUGCCUUUCACCAAGGUUGAACAGGAUAAGUACGAUCAGAUGUUUGAGUCCACUCUUGCUUCCAUUGGUAUCUACACUGACAAGGUUCCCAAAAGAUCGGAAAUUGAGCUCACUACUUCUGCGUGUGUGCAUUUAAGAUCGUGGCUUGUCAAGUUAAGACAAUUAUGCGGAAACUUGCAAGUGGGACAGUUGGCGAAGGCCCACACACUCCGAGGUAAGAAUAAGAACAAAUUUUUAUUGCACGGGAUACCCGAGUUAAAAACAUUGGAGGAUGUUCUCGAUGAUAUGAUAGAUUCUGUCCUUGAAGACAUAGGCGAGUCCAAAAGAGGAAUAAUUAAUAGACUUUUGGAAAUCUCUCUGUUAUUGGAAUAUGUGCUUUAUCCUCAAAAAGUUAUUGACAUUAUAAAUGUGGUCCUCUCCGAAACUCAAAAAUUCAUUGAGAAAGUAAUAGCCAAAUCGCAUCGUGAUUCUCAGCAGUACCAAAAGUUGAGACAGAUCUUGAUUGAGCAAGGCGCCCUUGGAAAGAAGGACAUGGAAGGAUUAUCUGACGAUGAGCAAGAUGAGCAAGAAGCAGAAUCCAGCGGAAAUGAAGACGAAGCUGAACAUAUUCCAGUCAUUAAAAAGGAGAAUGAAAAAGAUGUUCCUCAGAAAAAUGAGGGACAGGUACAAGAAGCAAUCUCGAGUUUCCAGAAGUAUAAGGAGUUAGUACAGUCUAACAAGAUGCGGCUUCGUUCGUGGAAGAUGACACAACAUAAAUGUUAUUUUCUUUUGGCUUCUGCACAUUUCCAACUCUACGACGAGGAAUAUCAACAAAAGAUUCUGAAUUUGAGGAUUCCAUUUGACUCGCUUCUGGAGAUCGAUGUCAAAGUACAUCAGAAUGGCCUUCUCGACACCGACGAAAUAUCAUUAUACUCGGAUAUUGAACUUGGAAAGAGCGAGCAAGUUGAUUACUUGGCCCUUUUCAAGCCAGAAGAGGGACUCUCUAACGAACAGCGAGAAAUGGAAAAGAACAAGUUUCUUGAGCAGAAUUAUUAUUCUUUGGCUGAAGAAUGCCGUAAAGAUAUCUUGAAGCAUUCCAUUAAAGAUGUUGAUCUUGUUACUUCUAAAAGACUUACAUCUCGUAGUAUCAUUAAACAGGAUACGUGGGUUAAUAACGGAGAUGUAACAAUCCCCAAGUCUUCCAAGAAGCUAUGCACAGCCAUUCCUCUAAUUGACAUUUCGGACGUGAGUCAAUUUGUUGGAGAUAUGAAGACUAAACAAUUGAUAAACCAAUUCAACAAACUCUUCACUCAGCUCAAUGAGCAGGCAAAGGUCAUAAACGAGUUUGUGCAGCAAUUAUUGACUGUCUUAAGCAACCCAUUGUUAAGUUCUGAAAAAUCCCCAGAUGGCGAGGAGUACGAGCAGUCCAUUCAGGACCAAGAUCAAGCGUCGUGCCUCAUGCUUGUAAUAACACAACUACUUACAGAUCGAUCCAACGCAACGUUAGAGACGAAGACGAAAAUCACAGAGAUCACGAAACAGCAGGAUCACGACUACAAGUUAGAGUUCCAAAGAGCAAAUGACAGGAAAUUUUUGAAAGCAUUGCAGGCUAAGAGAGUCAAAUCCAAACCAGAUCUGAACAUUUCCUUUGAAGAACUUUUGCAAGAUGCUCGUCUUCUUGAAGCUGAGAUGAGGGACAACUACAGAAGCAACGUUCAAGAGGAAGUAUAUGAGGAGAUAGUUCGAUUGUUAAGAACAGUGUAUGAAAACGAGAAAAACUGUCAAUCCAUGCUACAGAAAGAGUUGAACUCCAGUUUCAACGCCGUCUUCAAUGCAAGAGUUGAAUAUUUUAAGCAACUCCAGCAGAUUUCUGAUAGUGUUGAAACGAAGAAAUUUUCGUUUCUCCAGGAAGAUUUGUCAGCUAAGCGUAUCGAUGGUGAGUUUCAGACACUCUUCAAUUAUUUGGCUGGCGCUCGAAACAAGCUAACAAGAGGAUUGUCGAGGUACAGGUAUUUGGCCACGCUUAUACCAUCGGACGAGAGCAAAAAUAUCAAGAAAGAGAAUAUCGACAUUCCCGAUUCUCAAGAAGAGGUUAUUUGUAUCAUUUGCCAAACGGGAAUCAAGGUGGGCUCCUUGACAUCAUGUGGCCACAAGUUCUGCAAAUCAUGUCUUGAUGAAUGGUUGAGUACUGGACACUCUUGGUGUCCAAUGUGUAAAACAUACACUGACAGAGACACGGUGUACUAUUUUACUCAUUACAAAUCGGACUUGAAGGCACACGCCGUGGAGAAUGGAAAUAAGGAAGACUCCCAACUUGAAGCUCAUCAUAGCAGCUCUAUACAUCAAAUUUACAAGCAGAUGGAUCCUGAGGUUCUCAAACAGAUACAGCGAAUCAAAUUAUCCAAUUCUUAUGGUUCCAAGGUUGAUAUGAUUGUGAAGCAGGUGCUCCAUUUGAGGAGCAUGGAUCCGAACGUCCAGAUAGUCAUCUUCAGUCAGUGGCAGGAUCUCUUAGUUAUUCUUGCUUUUGCAUUUGAUAAAGCAAAAAUCUCGUAUGUUUCUGCCAAAGGCUCACAUGUUGCCGCAUAUAAGAGUCGGCGGGUUGAUCCCGUUGAGGAUUUCAAGAAUACAACUUCUAUCAAGACGUGCUUUUUGUUGAACGCUCAAGCACAAGCCAGUGGACUCACGUUAAUCAAUGCAACCCAUAUCUUCUUGUGCGAGCCAUUGGUCAACACGCCUACAGAACUUCAGGCGAUCUCAAGAAUACAUCGUAUUGGCCAAAAGAAUGUGACAACUGUGUGGAUGUUCGCUAUUGAGAAUAGCGUCGAAGAAAACAUCGUCGCAAUAGGAACCAAAAAGCGAUUAGAAUAUCUCCGUGCCAAUGCUAAGGAAAACCAUAUUCAAGCCAAAGAAGAUGUGGACCAGAUGGUGGAGACUGAUAUCCGAACUGCAGAAUCGUUUGCAUUGACAUUAGGCCAGGCUGUUGACAAUGGGCGACAAUUCUCAGGUAACAGCGAGUCGAUUGCGGACUCUGAUCUAUGGAACGUUUAUUUUGGAGAAGAGACAUAG